ACGUGCAUGUGAUGUUGUUGUUGCAGCCACAUUUAUUAUGCGGAAAAAAGCACCGGGAAGGUUUCAUUCUUGUAUACAAAUGAUGUACGUGAAUUCCAUGAUUUACCUGAUGCUGAUGUUAGACUAAUACAACGGUAUGAUGGACGAGACCCGCAAGCGCCCCUACGUCGAUGAUGUUCCGAAUGGAUCAGCUGAUAUCAACUUUGAGACGGGCACGCUGGAGGAGCGACAGUCACCCCGAAAGCGUCGACGUCACUCUUCUGGAUGCUCUCUAGACUUAAAUAGUGAUGACGUGAAUGGCAUUGGCAACAAGACAGUAAGCUUUACUUUGAAGAGUGACAGCGACAGCGAAGCUGAGUCCGGCUGGAACAAUGCUGAAAUAGCAAGUGUCACCUCUCCUCUCGAGACACCUGUUGAAUAUGUGGAAAGUCGUUUAUUAUUCAACCCGGUUGACUUUGCUAAAGAUUUGGCAUUGAAAGCCUUCCGCAGAGUUGAUUCGACUGCUUCGGAACUCAACUGUUUAGCGGAUCCAAAUUUGAGUGAGAAUGUUGUGGAGACACCGGAUGAUGCGAUUGCAAGAGAUCCGUUCUCUUCCCUUGGAAGUCGGGGGUUUAUUAGAACGGAGGGCAUUGGAAUUGGAUCUGAUACAAAGCGUCUGGUUUCUACUCCAGGCAGUGACGUUCUGUCCCCUAGUGACAUUUUCAAGGGGAAUUUGCAUGCUUUGAAAAGCCAUGACAACACUAUGAAAGAGCGUUUUGUUAAGCCGGUUGUUUCCAAACAGUCUUCAAAUGAUUUGGAGUGGAUUGACGCGUGUCCAGAUUGGCUACGUGAUGAUUACUUCGAUAAAGAGAUGGCUAAGAUAGAUUCUGGUUUGCCACGGCAGAGUAGUAAGCUCUCUUUGGUAGAUAAGGCAGAGGAGAAUCCACCUCUUUUGUCUAGUGAUGAUGCCCCCAGUAGAGAUAAGUUUGAGACAAUUGUUGCAGAGCCUGAAUCCAGAGAGUUCAGCAGGAGGGAAAGAAAGAAAUCGGUCACGCUGGUAGUACUGCCUGCUGAAAGUGACGAACUGGAUGAUGAUACGACAUCUGCCAACAGCCUUGGUGUUUUUGAACCAGAUAAGGACUUAAUUGAUGCUCAGAGUUCAGCUUCGAGACCAAAACGCAAAAAGUUGAAAAUUCGCAGACGACAUUGUAGCCGGGGUAAAAUGGGUCCACCCGCGUAUUACAGGAAUCAACCAAGUCAUGUUGAAGAUGGUGAAGAAUCGAGAGAGGAUGAGGAGGUUUUUGCCAAAGAGCAAGAUUUCUCACUGAAGGGCCGGGGGAAGAACUGGCCACCGCCUAACGUGCCUAAGUACCAGGCCCAAGCAGCUGUCUCUACUGACGCUCCGCCUGAGGCCUCGCGGCUGAUUGACGAUGCUUCUAGUACUCAAGAAUAUGAACUGUCCUUAAGUCAAGAAAAUACAACAAGCGAGGUUCUGUCCGUUCGUGAUCAGAAUCAUAAUGACGAUAUGCAUUUGAACUCCAUGCCAAGUUACAGCAAUGAAAAGGAGAAACCGGUUGAAGUUACAGCUGGAGGACAUGGUACUGCUGAUGAGCAGCCCAAGCCCAAGGAUUCAGAAACAAGCUGUUCUAGCGUUGGUGGACUUGACAUUGGCCCAGCCGAAAUAUCCGAGGAACAAAUCCGGACGGAUGCUCCGGUAUCCGUUGAUGUGCCGGAAGUAGAUAUCGGCGAUGGUCAAUUAAAUUUUGAGAGGGAUGUGGGAACUGAGGGAAGAAAACCACAACUUGAUGUUAUGGGGAGUGAAAAACUUGAAACGGUGCCAAUGGAGGAAGGUUCCAAUUUGGAGUCGAAUGUUGUCAGCGACGCAACUCCAUAUGAAGAGGUUGAUGCAGCUGUCGUCAACUCUGGCAACGAGACGAAUCCUUCAACUUCUGUCACAACUAGUCCUGGGGCACCGAAUAUCACUCGGUCUACUUCCAAGUUAUCCCUUGCAAAGAUUGCAUCAUUGCAACGAGAUGCGCAGAAUAUUGCCAAUAUUUUGGGUGGGUCGAACGUUGAUGUGAUUUAUGAAAAGUUAAAUGAACGGCGAAAAGAGGAUAAUAGGGUCGAGGCAGUUAUGAAUGACAUUUUGGAGGGGAAUAUUGUAGUCGAGGAUAGGUCAGGCAAUGAGGGAAGUGCUAUUGAAGGGGUUUUGAAUACUGUGGGUACGUCAGUUGGAGAAGAGGAAGUGGACAUUUUGGCUGAUACAGAGGUCAUUCUGAAAAAGCUUCAGACCGAACAUGGCAUUGAGGAUGUGGAUCCAAAUGAAGUGUUUGGAUUGGUGGAAGCAAGUGCAGAGUUUGUGAAUGGUCGCACUAAUCGCAUAAAUCGGGUUAUUUCUGGAAUCUUAUCUGGGAGACAAACUGACAAUCGGACGGUCCAUGACAUUAAAAACAAUGACGAUGAGGAUUUAUUUUUGCAUGAUGUUGAUCAGCUUGUUAAAAAGUUUCCAAACGUCGACCAAUUCCAGAUCUAUACUUUGCUGGAUGCGCAUCGCGGAGAGAAUGAUAGGGUCGAUGUUGUCCAAAAUGAACUUACAAACGGUCGAGCGCCUGUGGAAAAUUCAGGCGUCAAGGAGGUGGCUGCGGCCGAGGUUGUCAAUCAAGACCCCCUGUAUGACGACAUGAUACGGGUUGCCAGGUUGUUCCCGCACAAAGAUAGAAAUGAAAUCUAUGCAUAUUUAGAGGCUCACCAUGAGGAGGCCGAUCGGGUACAAGUUGUCACGGAGGAAUUUUUGAGGAUGUCACAGGAAGGAGAAGAUGUGGAAGUUAUGCGAGGAGAAGAGCCUGCUCCAGCAUCAAGACCACCAUCGGCUACUGCAGCAUCUGAGUCGAGAGAUACUCUAGAUAUCUCUCUUGAAGAACAGGUUCAGAAUCUCUCGGCAAUAUUCCCAGAUUGUGAUCCGAAUUAUCUUUAUGAACAACUUGAAGUCUUGAAAAACGACCCCGAGCGUGUCAAAAAUCUAGCGUCCACCUUGUUUGAUCGGAGGACUUAUCCGAAGAAAAAGGAUGUGUUGGAAGAGCAACGGAAACACGAAGACCGCCUCAAAGUUUGUGGGAUGUUGAGUACAUUCAGACUAAAUGAGUUUUUAGAGUUGUUCCCUGAUCCUGUUGCAGUCUUCUGUAGUGAGGAGAAAUCUGUGUCGGAGUCCUACAAGAAGCACGUCUAUGUCCAUCUGAUGAACACCUUCCCCUAUCUCCGGGAGGAACAUAUCAAAACGACGAUGGAGAAACACACGGGUCAUCUGACGACAACGUUAAAAGAACUCGAGGAAGAGGUGGCAAAUGGUGAUCUCCGCACCAAGAGGUCACGGUCUGCAUACCCACAGAAGUUCCUCAAGAAAAAACGCUCCAUCUCGGAUCAGAUGACGUUUCCAGAAGAGCCCGAUGAGUACUUUUAUAAAGAACUUGCAUUCACUAGGAACGAGGUUAAGAUUAAAGAUCACUUGGAAACGCAGAAAAAAGUUCGGGAAAACAAAAUCGAGCGAGCAAAGAAAAACGGUGAGCUAUAUGAAUGUCCGUGUUGUUACGAGGACGAAUGCCUGUUUGAAGAUAUGAAAGCGUGCGUCGAUGGUCACCUGUGCUGUGCCGAAUGUGUCCGCCGGUCGGCCGAGGAGAAUAUCGGGAGUAGCAAAUUGACGUUUCCGUGUUUGCACGGGGAUUGUGAGGAGGAAUACACCAUGAAGACGUUGCAGGAGGUCUUACCCUCGAACGUUUUCUCCGGACUCCUCAACAAGAUUCAAGAGGAGGAAGUGAAGCAGGCGGGGAUCGAGAACUUGGUCUCGUGUCCGUUCUGUAGCUUUGCCACGAUCAUGGAGGAUGAGAAUGACAAAGUUUUACGUUGCCAGAAUCCGGAUUGUUUGAAAGAAUCGUGCCGUCUGUGCCAGGAACCCAACCACAUCCCUUUGAAAUGUGAGGAAGUGGAGAAACAAGGUCAGACGAACAUGAGGACAUACAUCGAGAACAAGAUCUCGGAAGCGAUGAUCCGGACAUGUUGGAAAUGUAAGAAACGGUUCUACAAGAUCGAGGGUUGUAACAAGAUGAGGUGCAGCUGUGGUGCCACCAUGUGCUACGUCUGCCGAGCGCCAAACAUUGAUUAUGAUCAUUUCGGAAAUCCACACGAUAAAAAUGCGUGUCCUCCCCAAACGGACAUCUAUGAGCUGCAUCGCAAAGAGAUGGAGAAGGCUGGGCUCCUUGCCAAGAAGGAGUACGAGGAUAACCAUCCUGAUAUUGCCGCCGGAUUGAAGUUUGAUCCAUUAGAGCAUGUUAAAGAUGCCACGACUGCCAGACAUCCAUCAGGUUACCCCCCGGCGUACUAUGAUGAAGACGAUGAAGAUGAUGAAGAAGAUGACUCUGAUUUUUCUAAUGAUGAGUAUGACAGAUAUGGAGAUCGUCGACGGCGUUACCAUGAUUAUUAUGAUGAAGAGGAGGAUGAGGAGUAUUAUUAAUCAUUUCUAUCAUGGCUGUGUUGAUUAUUUGUCCUAAAGAUGGCUAGAACCUGUUAGACAUGUUUAAAUGAAAUUACAGUUACUGUCAUACAAAGAAAAUUCUGUUUAAAUGAAAUUACAGUUACUGUCAUACAAAGAAAAUUCUGUUUAAAUGAAAUUACAGUUACUGUCAUACAAAGAAAAUUCUGUUUAAAUGAAAUUACAGUUACUGUCAUACAAAGAAAAUUCUGUUUAAAUAAAAUUACAGUUACUGUCAUACAAAGAAAAUUCUGUUUAAAUGAAAUUACAGUUACUGUCAUACAAAGAAAACUCUGUUUAAAUGAAAUUACAGUAAGUGUCAUACAAAGAAAAUUCUGGUUUACACUUAUGCUGUAUUUGAAUGUUAACCCUUGAUGGGUCGAAGAGGGCGUUCGGAAAUCCCAUUUAUUCAUUCCAACAGAUCCCGCUAGGAUCAUAAAUCAUUUUGUCAGUCAUCUAUAAUUUCUGAGUCUGUACAAUCUCAUUUUUUGUUUUUUGACAGAAUUGUUUUGAAUAUAUAGAUAUUGUCAUGUUGAUUCCCUGGUUGAACAUGUUAUAACACAUCGGGAACCAUGGUGACCUUGUCCUUUGUGGGUUCAGAGUGCCAAAUGGUACUUUCAACUGGCCUGAAAUUGCCAGUGUAGCGCAGUGUUAUAGGUGCACUCCUUAAUUUUGAUGGAAAUAUCUGGAUUAUGCUGAGAAAAGAAUGUUAAGUGCUUUGCGACAGCACUCGUAUACAGACAGUAUACAUGUAAAGCACUGUAUAGGAACUCGCAUUUCAUUUAACAUUUUUAUGGUUCAUGCGUCGAGAUAACUCAUUUUGUAUUAUUUUUUAGAAUAGUAGGUUCCAGAGAAGUAGGUUUGUACAUACUUUUGCUGGAUAGAUAGGUACGUAUUAGGGGGAAACUAGUAUGGCUGUUGACGCUUUACUUGUGCCAUUUUACACUUUUUCAAGGAAAGAAGAAGUUAAAGCCAGGUUAAAAUCAUCACAGAACCCAACUAUUACACUUUCUGCAGUCAAUAUACUUCAUUGCCAAUGGCGUAAACCUUCGGGAAGGCUGCCCUUACGUAGUGCGAGUCUGGUUUAUUUGCACCGGUAUGCUGAUUGAAAGUGACAAUAGAUGGGGUUCUGUUGUGGCAGAUGUAUUGAGGGGUUCAAGGAAUCAUGGGAGUGCCAUUUAUCCCUAUGAAAUAGCUUUGACAAAGGAUUCUGGCGGGUCUGCUGUGGCCCGGAAUAUGUAUAUCCACUGUCGCUUGUGAUGUCAUACAUGUAUAAUUAGCAGACCUGUGUUAUAUUUCAUGGUGAUUAUUAUAGUCUGUUAUGCUCUGUUAUAUAUAGAUUGUAUUAAGUAAGCUGAUUUAUAGUGUUUAUUACUGUGUAAAUUCUAUUCAGCGGUGCACAUGAAUCUCCAUCUGUGAACAUCUCCCGGUAAUUGCUGUCUUCAGAAACGUUAGGCCAAUACCUGAUUGUAGUCUAAAAGUGCAAGAUGCAUACAUCGUACACAACGUUGUACAUUGUAUUGUAAAAUCUGAUCAUUAUACAUAACAUCUACUUAAUCUACCAAAUUACAAAUACAACAGACUAUGUUAAACUGCACAAUGAAAAGUACAUGUAUUCCUUAUAAUGCAUUGUGCUAUAAAUAGCAUCUUGUCAUUUUUUGAGCGCUUUGUGAGUGUUUGAUAAUGUGCCAUUGUUAAUGCAAUAAUAUUAUUUCUAAAUUUGUACAGACAGAUAUAUGAAUUUGUAAAGAAAGACCGUGUAUUACGUAA